AUUUUUUGUUGUACCUGAUAUAAUGGCUACAGCUACAAAGAAACCUAAGGUGAAGAAGCCAGAGGAAAAUCCAUUUAAAAUUCUAUGGAUGAAUUCUUGUUACCAACAAACUUUAUUACCAGAUGCUCCAUGGCAUAAGAUUGAAGAUAAAAUAGCUGAAAGUCUGACAUUGAAGGUGGAGAGACAAUUUGGAAAACCAGAAAGGAAAGAGGCACUCCUACAGAAUCUAGGUGGUCCAUUUGUCAGCAAAUAUUUGCCUGAUGCUGACUGGAACCCACAACUUCUGGAACCACCAAACAUGGCACCUCAUGAGAAACAGAAAAUACUGAAAGAAGCCCAGGCCUAUCUAAAUAGCCAGAUGUAUAAAUGUGUUAAAGAUAUAGGCUACCAAAAAAUGUUAGGGGCUGGAAACAAUGGAGAUAUACCACAAGAUUAUUCUGAGUUUAUGCAGCAUUCAUAUAACAUAUUUAACAGAGGACUUGAUAGAGAGUUGUACAGACAGGAACAAGAACUAUCUAAAAAGAAGCUUAGUGAGAUUAUGAUGGAGAAGAAACUUGAUUUUAAGAUUCCGGCACCUAGUAGACACAAAGUUAAUUCAUUAUCGUCAUCUAUAUCAACACCUGCCUCAGAGAAAAAGCCAUCAUCAGCUGUUAUCAAAGACAUGGUACAGCGAGUUGAUGGUGACCCUCCACCAUUGUGGGGCCCACAGAGUGAUGCUAUAGGAAGGUCUAUUCUAGCAGUACUGGAACGAGAUCCAAGAAAGUUUGAUCAUGUGGCCAGAAGUUUGCAUGGGAGACAACUCCCUGGAGCACUCAGAAGCUUCAUGUGGUCAGAUGUUCUCUUCAAAGAAGAAAGAAAAAGAUUGCAUGAAGGUAAUGUUGAGAAAGUUGUUAGAGAAAGAUUUGCCAAAGCUGUCUCAAGAGGUAUAGAAGAUUUGAAGAUAAGCAGAGCCACAUAUUCACCAAUUCAUGGUCUCAUACAGACUGCUGUUAUUGAGACAUACAAUAAAACAACCAGCAUGGUUGCCUACAAAUCUGAUUCUCAUAUCAAAGAAUCCUGUCGUGCACUGAAUGUGCUGUAUGUCUAUGACAGAAGUUACGAACCCUAUCUCAUCCACUGGCUGUUCCCAUUACAACUGGCUUUCCAAAGGAGUUCUAAUACUACAACAGAAAUAGGAGAACAUGUAUACGAAGUUGCCAUGUACUUAGAUCUUUUAAACUCCAGCUGUUUUCCCACCUGGCCUCAGGUGUUUGCUAUAGCAGAGCAAGUCAUGAAUACAAUGAUGUUAACUGAUCCUGACCUUUAUACUCAUCUGAAAUCCAUAGCAACAACAAAUGUCAAGGUCAACAAAAAGGAAUUUCUGCAUCAGUUGAUCAGUAUCGAGAAAGCAAAGGCUGAGGAACUCCUGAAGGCUACUCCAGGAAGUAAACGAGAAGAAAAUAUUACUACUGAAUUACUGGCUGACCCACUUGUUUUCUUCAGACGGUGGAUAGGGGAGGGGUUUGUGAGUGUGUUAGAUACACCUGGAGUAAUGUAUGUAUGGGACCAGCUAUUUAUGCAGAAUUGGAGCGACAGUGUCCUGAAGAACUUCAGUCUGGCCUUGGUAGAGCUUCUAAGAUACAAGUUCAUGGAGGCUAGAGAUUACAAAACCAUGAAAGAGGUAUUCCUUUUUGAGCCAAGCAAGUUAUACACGGUAGAUAUUCAAAUGGCAUGGAUCCAUUUAGAAAGUGGCAAAGAUCUAAUGGAGGUCCCUUAUCUCAACAGAAGACGAAUACAACCAGGUGUUUCCAGAAUGAGUCAGUUACCAUCAGCCCCAAUGACACCUUCUUUACCUGGGUUGUUACCAUCAGUUGGUCUUAAAUGUUUAGUCUUGAAGUUAGUAAUACCUUCUGAGAUCAUUGAAAGGGAGCCAUGGGUUGCUAAUAUUGAUGCCAAAUAUUUGAAAUUAAAUGUUACUGCCUACUUUGGAAGUGUUCGUCUACGUACCAGAAUGUCACUUAAAGAUGCCAUUGCAUUGGACAUAGAAAAGGAUAAUUAUGGCAACACUGUUUAUGAGAUUUACUAUCUUGAUGAAAAAUUCCUGUUUGAAAAUUUAGACAUUGCAGAAUAUGAUGUUGAAAAGGAACUUGGUGCUAACCCAUAUUGUAUGUUAAAAGUUGAAUAUACAAAACCUGGAACAUUUGCACAAAAACCCAGGUUAACUCCACCUUAUGCAGAUAAUGGUAAACAAAGAGGAUCAGCCCUCCCAGUAGGUUGGGCGAGAGUGCAUUUGUUCCAGCGUGAUGCUCAUAAUCCAAGAGGAGGCAGAGAUUCUAUAGAUUCUAUAGACAUUCACUGGUUACUACAGAAUGGAGAUUUUAAGUUGACACUACAUCCUGGAGAUGUUCCAGAAGUUUCAACACAUCCAUCUUCUCCUACGGUACCUGUAAAUACUGAAGAUGCCAUCCUUGGAUAUCAUUCUGAGCUGUUGGUUAUGGUUUAUGACCCAAGAGAGGAACCACCUGACAGGGCACGCCCACCAGGCCUUCCUGCUGCAAUGCCUUUACAGGUCCCACCUGCUGAUACAAGACAUAGCCCAACCUACAGUCCCAAACCUAGUCCGAGACCACAACCCAAAAAGGGAAGUCCACAUCCACAGCCUAGAACCAAAGAAAGUCCUAAACCUAAACCAAGGGAUAAACCAAGGAUAAGGUUUCAGGAUGAUGAUAGUCCAUGGGUAGAAUAUAAACCUGAUGUAGCUAAUGAAAGGAAUGAAACACCCACAGCUAAAAACCAGGCAUUUGAUCUUUAUAUUGAUGGUGUUAGAUUUAUUACUGAUAAUUCAUCCAUUGUGAAGGUGACAGGAAUAAUUGGAGCACCAGAUGACACCAAGAUGUUACUGACCAUACCAGAUCUGGACAAGUCAGCUAGAUGUCCUGUAUUCCAGUUCAAACUCACAUUUAAUGAGCAAGGGAAAGAAUUGGAUGAUGAUGUAGUGGCUUUCCUAAGAGUUUAUACCUGGGAUGUCAUCAAAGAGGAGAUAACAGUCAUUGGUAGCUGUUUUGUACCAAUAUUUGACAAAGACAACGGUUAUCAAUUAAAUGUAGGUGGUCAUCAGUUACGACUGCAUAAUGGUGUUCCUCCACAGAAACCUAAAUACCAUGCUACAGACUUAGAUAAUAUACCAGUUGUGCCAGGGGCUUCCAUUCUUGUACGAGUUCUACCAUCGAAAGCGGCUGAUCAACCAGCUCCUAGCUAUGGUAUAGGAUAUUAUAAGUCUGAGCCGUGUAGACCUACAGCAUCAGAGAAAAGAAUAUUUAGUAGCUAUAAGGAACAUAUGAUGUAUCCAAAGACUGUCAGAGAUAUGAUACAGAGGCUACAACAGGCUGAAGGACAACCAAUAGGCCAGAAUGAUGAAGAACUACUAGGUUGGCUUCAGGAUAAACUAGAUGUUAAGAAAUAUGGUUCCAAUGUUGCUGCUGGUAACCUGCCACUGGACAAAGCAAUACGAUACAGGGUCAAGAUGGGCAUUAAUGUUAAAAUCCAGCAGGCUCAUAAUCUACAAGAGGGAAUUUACCUUCAGUGUUUUGCCAGGGUACAGCCUGGAGAGAAGGUAGUAUCCAUGCCUCCUACAGAGGACGGCCAUGGAGAGGAAGAGAAAUUCAUUACACUAAAACUAGACUUUGAAAGUUUUCAGAAAUCUCCUGUUUGGACAGAUGAUUUCACAAAUCUUCAUCCAUUUUAUGAUGAGAAUUCAGUAUUAUUGAUACAACUGUAUGGAUUAGAUGUAAAAUAUACAAGCAGAAUAGAGCAUGAUGGUCCUGGUAAAUUAAGGACCAGUAAAGACCAGGAAUUAUCAUUGGGCAAUGAGCAGAUAAUAGGUUGGACUGUUGUACCAUUGUUUGAAGGAAACUCUGUAAUGUCAGGAACCCAUGAGUUACCAAUCUUUAAAGGCCAGUACCCAGAAGGGAUGUUAGAAGAUCUGACUAAUUUUCCUGUCAAUGAAGUUUUUAGAAGAUGGAAGUGGGAUAAAGGUGCCAGACUGGCUGAUUCCAGUAUCAUAGUUGAUGUUUGGGAUGGACAUUUUGAUUGGGAGGAAGUUCCUGUACCUCACACUUAUAAACAGCUGAUGUUGAUGUUUGGAAAAGAAGAAUCCUUCGUUAAUGCAAGAAAAGCGAAGAAAUCCUGGAAGAAGAUAAGUGCGUUUGUGGUAGAAGGCCUAGAAAAGAAACAACAGAAGCUUGGUACAGAGGGUGAAUUCUAUAAAACAGAAAGGGAUUUCUUUGACACAGAAAUUACGAAGAAGUUUUAUGAUUUGAUGAAAUGAUCUGAUAUUUAUUUAUUUGACUAAAGAGGAGGAUGCCUUAAUGACAGCAGGAUUUGGUCCACUUAAACAGACAAUAUAAUGACAUAUUACAGGAAAAAUAUACAUGCAUCUAACUAGUUACAAGGAUACUAUGAAAAAUACAGAGAUAUUACUUAUUUUACACAAGAUAUGUCAUUUCAACAAUGCUAUUAUUGUGUGUAUAAAGUUAUUGUUAAAGAGAUGUCAACAUUCCACAUAGUUUGUAGAUUCUGUAAACUUGACCUUGAUAAAAAAAAUCUCAUAAUCAUACACAUGUCAAAAUUGACAGAUUGUUCAUCUUGACAAUAGUUCGUAAUCAUUAUGUUAUGAGCAUUUUUUUGAGAAUGUGGUGUGAAACCAUCUAUGAUUAAAUAGCAACAUUUUUUUGGUGUAGAUCUCAUUUCAGUUUGAAAAAUAUAAACGAGGGUUGUAUUAUAAUCAAAAAUAUGAUUUGUUUGAAUUUUAAAUUUAUAUAUAGGGAAACAAUUUUACAAUAAUGGUCCUUAUUUUCUUUUUAUUUGUCAAAAAUUGUUUGGGUAGGUACUGAGAAAGAAAUUCAGUUUGAGCCCUUCAUUAACUUUGUUAGCAUUUACUAUAACAUUCCAAUAUUAACAUAGGAAUGUACUUUGCGUACAAAUGCAAAGUCAAUGAAAACUUUGAAAAAUAGAGGUCCAUAAAAAAAUUAUGCAAAAUCCAAAUUUACAAGACUACACUUGUUUGUUUUUGUCAAUAAGAAUGUAAAUGAACGGAAUAAGUAAUAUUUUCCAUUUACUGCCUUAUCAGGACAGAUAAUUGGCAAUUGGCAUACAUUUUACAUUAGAUUGUAGAGGAUAUUAUUGGAGUUAUCUCCCUUGACAUGAAUUUUCUAAUGCAUUCUAUAGAAUUUACAAUCACCUAGUAAGGGUCCAUAUAAAAAUAAUUGUAUAUGAAUUUCAACAUUCUUUCAUAUCCUAAAUAAGAUAUAAAAAAUCAUUUGUCAGCUUUUCACCCAUGAAUCACGUUUUGCAUGAUUUUUAUAAUGAUUGGUACUUAAAAAAUAUAAUUGUUACAGAUGUUGCUGUAAAUAGAUUGAAAGAAUGAGUUUGCUGUUGGUUAAUCAAUGGAUUUUUGGUCUUGAGUUCAAGAAGAGAUUUCUUGUGGGUUUUUUUUAUGAUAGAAACAUUGUAAAAUGUAAAGAUUUUCAAAAUAAUAAAUCAUAAAUGAGAUUUAUGAAAUGUGACAUUUAUUCAACUUUACUUUGAAAAGGACUUUAGUAAUUAAGGACAAUAUGAAUUUUAUUGAUUGCAAAUAAAAGCUGUGGUCAUAUUGUAAACAUAGGUCGUUUUGUUUUGCAUUUUGUUUUUUUCUAACAAAAAUACAUUUGUGUAUUUGAUAAUUUUAUAAGUUAAACUAAUACCAUAACAUAUCAUUUGAAACUUCUGUGUUCCAUUUUCCAUAAUGUUACGUCUUAUUUAUUCCAUUUGUUUAUUAUUUUUUAUUUGAAAUUGAUUCAUAUUCACAGAGAAUUUUUAAAAAUUUUGUUUUGUACAUUUAUAAUUUAUUACUACUUAAGUUAUAUUUAUUUUCAUUUGGUAACAAUAACCUAUUUUCAGUGGUGCAUUUUAUUUCCUGUCAUAUAUGCAAAUUAUAAUUAUGUCUUAAUAUAUUCUAUUUCUGAGGUAAUUGGUCUCUAAGCAUAGUUAGUCAAGUUGUUCUUUCACUCUACAUUAAAUGUUUUAUGCAAAUAAUUAUCAAGGAUACAGAUGAUGUGGUUUUCAUUUAUCAUUUUCAUAUCCCAUUGGGUUCAAUCAAUUGCUGAAAUUUACUUCAGCGUUUUACUUUUAAAUAUACAUAUAUGUCUAAUUGUGCCAUUUAUACAUAAAUUCUAUUAAUACAACGUUGUUAUAUAAUUCAUAA